UCCUCGGAGAUCGUGGGCGGCGAGGGCCUCCUGGCUGCCUGCCCCACGCCCGGGCGCCCGCGCCCCGGCCCGUCCCUCAGCCCCGGGGUCCACAUCUGGCGGGAGGACCUGCCCUCCUCCGCCCGGGGCCACCCCUCUCCCACCGCCUCCUGGGCCUCCUCGGACAGCGACUCGGCUCCCCUAAGCGGGGCGCCCGCACACGGACCUUAGCCGCUGCCGCCCCGCGACUCCUCGGGGGAACGUGGACAAGCCCCCUUAGCCGCUCAGAGCCCGCCAGGUCACCCUCCUCCGUAAACCGAGGGUCUCAGUGAGCCUAUGAAAUGGCAGUGAUGGAGAUUAUGUGCCAGAGUGCACCAGACUCAGAUAUUGGGCACCAGAAGGAGCUUGCCAAAGGAAAGAGCCAGGUUCCAGCCAAGAAGUCCAGCUCUGUCUGCAAGCUCGAAACUGUGGAGAAGAACCGGGUUUUCUGUGGACAAUGGGAAAUCCUGAACGAUGUCAUUACCAAAGGCACUGCCAAGGAAGGCGUGGAAGGAGGAUCGGCCUCCAUCUCCAUCAUUGCCCAGGCAGAAUGUGAGAACAGCCAAGAGUUCAGUCCCACCUUUUCAGAGAGAAUUUUUAUUGCUGGCUCAAAACAGUACAGCCGGUCUGAUAGUCUGGACCAGAUCCCCAACAAUGUAGCCCACGCAACGGAGGGGAAAAUGACCCCCGCCUGUUGGAAGGCCAAGCGUCGAAACAAGGCUGGGAAGAAGCGAAAGAAGAAAAGCUCAAAGGUGCCAGGCCAGAGGGGUGGACCCCUGGCCAAGCCUCUCCCCAAAACCCCCGAGCAAGAAAGCUGCAUGGUCCCUGUCCAGGAGGAUGAGUCCGCAGGCCCAUAUUUCAGCAAUGCCCCUCAGUUCGCCCGCUCUCCGAAGGAGAUGCUCCACAGCCCGUUAGUUUUUGAGAAAGUAGGAGCGGGCCUGCACUCAGCGCUGAAAACCCACCCUCGAGCUGAGCUCCAUAAACUCAUCAGCCCAGUGCAGUGCCUGAACCACGUAUGGAAACUUCAUCACCCCAAGGACUUCAUGCCCCAGCCAGACCUACUGCACUCUUCCCCCUGCAAGAGACUGCCCCGGCCCUUCCCCUUCUCCCCACUUCUCGUUCAGAAGUCCAGACCCUUGGGGACCUUCUUGCUGGGUAACUUGGCCCGUGUAGAUAGCCAACGCCACUUGUCUGGCCCGGGCCUGGAGACUCCCUGCUCGAAGCAUGGCACCUCAGAGAAGCUUUCCGUGGAGGAAUAUCUGGUGCAUGCUCUGAAAGGGAGUGUGAGUAUGGGCGAGCCCAGGAACCUAACCAGCCUUGCCAAGACCUGGCAGGGAGGAGGGGCAGGUUGCCGGGACACAGUCCCUGAGACAGAAGAGAAUGAAGGCGUCCUGCUCACUGAGAAACUCAAACCAGUGGAUUAUGAGUACCAAGAAGAAGUUCACUGGACCAAGAGCCGAGACUGCCUGGGCAGAGGUUCCUUUGGGGAAGUGUACAGAAUGGAAGACAAGCAGACAGGGUUUCAGUGUGCUGUCAAAAAGGUGCAUGUCGGAGUUUUUCGUGCAGAGGAGUUAACGGCAUGUGCUGGACUGACAUCACCCAACUUUGUCCCUUUGUAUGGCGCUGUGAAGGAAGGUCCUUGGGUCAACAUCUUCAUGGAGCUGAUGGAAGGUGGCUCCCUGGGUCAGCUGAUAAAACAGAAGGGCUGCCUCCCAGAAGACCGAGCCCUUUAUUACUUGGGGCAAGCCUUGGAAGGGCUGGAAUAUCUCCAUACACGAAGGAUUCUGCACGGAGAUGUGAAAGCUGACAAUGUUCUCUUAUCUGAUGAUGGCAGCCGGGCGCUCCUCUGCGACUUUGGCCAUUCUACCCACUUGCAACCUGAUGGCUUGGGAAAGUCCUUUCUUACAGGGGACUACAUCCCUGGCACAGAAACCCACAUGGCUCCAGAGGUUGUGAUGGGAAAACGCUGCGACUCAAAAGUUGACAUCUGGAGCAGCUGUUGCAUGAUGUUGCACAUGCUCAAUGGGUGUCACCCUUGGACCCAGUACUAUAGUCGGCCCCUCUGUCUCAAGAUUGCCAACGAGCCACCGCCUGUAAGGGAAAUUCCCCCCUCUUGCACUCCUCUCACUGCUCAGGCCAUCCAGGAGGGAUUGGAGAAGGAACCUGUCCACAGGGCAUCUGCCGCAGAACUAAGGAGAAAGAUCUGUCUGGCACUGCAGCUUGUGGGAGGCUUGAAAAGUCCUUGGAGAGGACAGUAUAAGGAACCGAGACGGUUGCCUUCAAACAAAGAGAAUAGCCUCGAAACACUGGAAUCCUUGUCUUUGUCAAGCGGGCCCAUCCUUGAGGCUCCAGGGCCUGGGCUGGCCAUUGAGGCAGCGGGUUCAACCACCAAACUUCAGCCACCUUUACCACCGGAGCCACCUGAGCGGAAUAAGCCAUUGCCUCUGAGGCUGAGCCAGGAGGAGUCUGGGACCUGGGAGCCUCUGCCCCUUUCUUCCCUAGGCCACAUCCCUGCCAAAACCUACAGUUCAGGAGAGCGAAAAGCAGCCUCUUCAGAUGAGGAACUCCAGCAACUUGAGAUAGAAUUAUUUCUGAACAGCCUGUCUCAGCCAUACUCCCUAGAAGAGCAGGAGCAAAUGCUCUCGUGUCUCAGCAUUGACAGUCUCUCCCUAUCUGAUGCUGGUGAGAAGAACCUGUCCAAGGUGUCUCAGAGCUUACGAGAGAACUUCAGCUCUGGAAUCCACUCAUGGAACAGUCAGGCGGAUGGGCAGAGUUUCAGCUGGAACAACCUACUGGGAAGAAGCAGACACCCAGAUAUGCCCAGCUAUUUCAAUGGUGUGAAAAUCCAAAUCCAGUCCCUAAAUGGUGAGCACCUGCAUAUACGAGAGUUCCACAGAGCCAAGGUGGGAGACAUUGCAACAGGCAUUAGCAGCCAGAUCCCUGCCUCUGCAUUCAGCCUGGUGACCAAGGAUGGGCAGCCUGUACACUAUGACAUGGAGGUACCUGAUUCAGGCAUCGACCUGCAGUGCACCCUGGCUCCCGACUGCAGCUUCGGUUGGAGCUGGAGAGUCAAGCAUGGGCAACUGGAGAAUAGGCUCUAGCGUCCCUCCCUUCUAGCCCCAGAGCUUGGGGUUGAAGUCCCCAGUCAGCUUUGAAGGUCCUGGAAUAAGUACCAGCUUUUGAUUCUACCCGAAGAGGACAGGUGGCCUUGGCUUUCUCCAAGGGACGUGGUAGUAGGGAUGAAAGCUGGAAACCAGAAAGCUGGGACUUGGAAACUUCUGAUGGUCCACCCAGCAAUCCACCAGUGCGGUGGAGAAAUGUGUGGUCAUCUUCCCUUGAGUUCUGACUAAACGAACUGGUAUGGGCCUUGCUGUGUGUGGAGGAGGAAGACAUUUCAAAUCUUUCUUCCUAGGAAUAGAAAGGAGUUCCCUCUCUUGGCAGAGAAAAGAUGGUGUGGCAUGUUUUGCAGCAGUGAAUCACCAUACAGCAAAUAGGGAGAGAUCAGCUUUAAAUCUGGAGUUGAAGGGAAAUGUGGGCCAGCUACUUUGUCCUGCUUUCCUCCCAGCAGAUAGGUGUGAACAGGAUGGUUUUCUGGAAGGUGCUCACCUGUUUCCACUUACAGGAACUGGUGAGGAGAAUGGGGUGCUGCCUGAAGUUAAUGAGGAGGCUGAGGUAUUCUGGGGUUGCUCCGCUCCGGCCAGGCUGCAUUCCACCUCCUUCACCUUAGGGCCUUGCAGUGAGACCCAGUCUUCUCUGGCUCUCUUCCUCCUAUUGAAAAGGAGAGACUUUCAAAGGAAAAAAAAAACCCUAAAGGCAUAAAUAACUAUUCCAUUAGUAGAAUUCUCUUCUCCAUUUUUUGGGGGGUAGGUGUGGUUAUGUAUCUUAUAAGAUAUUUGUGUGACAGUCUCAGUAGAACCAAGCUUGUCUGAACGCCACAGCACCUAAUGUGUUUUCUGCACCAUCAGCAUCCAGUAAAGAGCCUAUUUAGUGAACUUCUCUUUCUCACUGACCUUCCAUCUUGGAAGCCAGGCAAAAUGGAGCUCCUGGGCAGAGCAUGUGUGAGAGGCCCUUUGCUGUCCCAGGUGGAGGAGUCAGCAUUAGGCAGUUUCUGAGUUCCCUUCAUGCACAGCUGGAUUGGGACUGGGGAUGGGGAGAGAACCAAGUUCUCUGCCCAGCUCUGCCAGUGCCCUCUUAGACGAGUCCUAACCGCUCUAGUUUCCUCAUGUAAAAACGGUUGCAGGCAUCCCUCCUUUCUAAGGUUGGGGUGACGCUGCCGUGAGGCAGUAGAUAUGAAAGCACUUUGCAGAUUUAAGUGUCCCCCAAGUGCCAGCUCUUAUUGGUUGUAGCUGCCAGGUCUGGCCAGUGCAGAGCUGCAGCCCCUUGAGGCCAUUCACGUGUAGAGUCUCCAAAUCAACAGGGAUCCAGUGGGGCAAGUCAGGGCACUCAGGCGCCUUUGCCCGCUUAGGCCCGACCGGCUGAGUCCACCUCCCUGCCAAGCACUGACAGCAGCACUUGGGGUCCUCGUGCAGCCUCUUCUCAAAGCACUUUGGCAGCAUUGCUGCCCCCUUUGAUGGCAAGUCUGUUUCCUCGUGUCCUCCGCCUUUUAUUUGUACACUUCAGACAACAAUUAUAAAGCCCUAAGCACAGAACAAUUACCCCCCCCCCCAUCUCCCGAGAGAGGAGCUGAAAGGACUUUAGCCUUCUGUCAGGAGCAGAGCAAGGCCUAAGCAUUGACCUCCUGGAUCCUGCCCCCUUCCCAUCCUGGCUCCUGUCCCCUCGCCAUGUAGCAUUAAGCCAACUGUGAACUGUUUACCUUUCGGAGGAGGGACAAUCAGGAUGUGACACCACCAGCCCCAGAGCUAAUCUGGGCUGAGAAUCUCCUCCCCCGGCCUCUUCCCUCACCCAAGGCUGUGGGGCUUUCAUUCUACAGAUGGGUUCCCCAAGAUCCCUUCCAGCUCUGAAUCUGUGAUCCAGAUGUAUGAAGGACAUUAAGGUGGUAGUUGGGGGGCAGGCAGGGGGUGGGCAGGGACACCUUGUCCAGUAGCUCCGAGUGCAGCCCCUUCUAGUCCAGCCCACAGCUGCCCGGCCAAGGACUCGGCCUCGUUACUGCCCGGCUUGCACCACCAGCAAUCAGUAUCUACAAAUAUGAACUGAAGUGUGUGUAUGGCUUUUCAGAGUUGGAUUGUAAAUUACCUUUUA